AUGUGCCAAAACGAGGUUGAACUCAACGGUUGGACCAACGUUCCCGUCAACGCUGGUGCCAUCUUCAAGGAUCAGCCUUUCAUCACCGCACCCGGCCCUCUCUUCAUCAAUGAGAUCAAGUUUCCUUCCGACGACCCCGUUGUCGCAAAGACUCAGGAGUAUGCUCAGGCCGUCCUCCAUCCGCAGACCUUCAAUCACUCAAUGAGAGUGUUCUACUACGGAAUGGCCAUCGCCAAACAACAGUUCCCCAAGCAAGCCGCGACUUUCAGUCCUGCUACCUGGGCUCUGCUCUGUCUUCUACACGAUCUCGGUACAGCCGAGGAGAACCUGACGGCCACCCGGAUGUCCUUCGAUCUCUACGGAGGCAUCAAAGCUCUGCAGGUCCUCAAGGACUUCGGCGCCACGACUGACCAGGCCGAGGCAGUCGCCGAAGGGAUCAUCAGACACCAGGACAUGGGGGUAGACGGGACCAUCACCUUCUUCGGCCAGCUCAUCCAGUUGGCGACCCUCUACGACAAUGUGGGUGACCACCCUCACGUCAAGGACUUCAGCAAGAUCCUCCACGAUACCACUCGGGAAGAGGUCAACCAGACGCACCCGCGACAGCGCUGGUGCUCGUUCUUUGCGGAUGUCAUCCGCAAGGAGGAGACCAUCAAGCCUUGGUGCCAUUCCACGCAUAUUGUGGAGUUUGACAGUCAGGUCGAGGGGAACACUCUGAUGAAGAAGUGGGAGUGA